GCGAAGAAGAAUGACUUCCUAAAACCACUGGCAGCUUUUCCGUAACGGUAGCCUGAUGCUAGGUUAGGUGUAGCAUUAUAUGUACGGGUGUAGCCUGUUUUGUAACAGUUGCCAUGAAUUAAGACCAAACUGGUACACCCAGCUCGGUUAAACGUCUCGUGGCUGGUUGGAGACAGAGAGGUGUCAGCCAUGUAUACCUCUGGGAAAUACAGCUCGCGGGGCCCUGCUCUCAUCCCGCGGAUGAAAACCAAGCACCGCAUAUACUACAUCACCCUCUUCUCUGUGGUGUUGCUGGGACUAAUCGCCACCGGGAUGUUUCAGUUCUGGCCCCACUCCAUUGAGUCCGCAGCUGACUGGACCCUCGAUAAACGCAGUGUUCACGAUGCACCUCUGGUCCGCCUGCCUGUCUCCAGUCCCAUUCCUGAGAGGGGUGACCUCAGCUGUCGCAUGCACACCUGUUUCGACGUGUACAGAUGUGGCUACAAUCCUAAAAACAGAAUCAAGGUGUACAUCUACCCUCUGCAGAAGUUUGUGGAUGAGCUGGGGGUUCCCAUCAGCAGCACCGGACUGUCUCGAGAAUACAAUGACCUGCUCAGCGCCAUCUCUGACAGUGACUUUUACACUGAUGAUGUCACCAGGGCUUGUCUUUUUAUCCCAUCUAUUGAUGUGUUGAACCAGAACUCCCUGCGUAUCAGAGAGACUGCCCAGGCUCUGGCAUUGCUACCCAGAUGGGACAAAGGGAUGAAUCAUCUACUUUUCAACAUGUUACCGGGAGGCCCUCCAGACUACAAUACCGCCUUGGAUGUGCCCAGAGACAGAGCGCUGCUGGCUGGAGGUGGUUUCUCUACAUGGACCUACAGACAAGGUUAUGAUGUCAGCAUCCCAGUUUACAGCCCACUUUCUGCGGAUGUUGAGCUGCCUGAGAGACAACCUGGACCACGGCACUAUUUUAUUCUGUCCUCUCAAACGGCCAUCCACCGAGAGUACCGUGCUGAACUGGAGCGCUUGAAGGAAGAAAAUGGAGAAGCACUGCUCCUCCUGGACAAGUGUAGCAACCUCUCUCAGGGUGCUGCCUCUGCACGAAAGCGCUGCUACAAGGGUCAGGUGUAUGACUACCCACAGAUCCUGCAGGAGUCUUCAUUCUGUGUGGUUUUGCGGGGGGCCCGUUUGGGUCAGGCUGCCCUCAGUGAUGUGCUGCAGGCUGGCUGUGUCCCCGUCAUCCUCGCUGACUCCUACAUUCUGCCAUUCUCUGAAGUACUUGACUGGAAAAGGGCAUCGGUGGUUAUUCCAGAGGAGAAGCUGUCAGAGAUGUACACCAUCCUAAAGAGUAUUCCUCACAGACAAGUUGAAGAGAUGCAGAGACAGGCACGCUGGUUCUGGGAGGCCUACUUCAGCUCCAUGAAGGCUAUUGGCUUGACAACGCUCCAGAUCAUCAAUGACCGCAUCUACCCAUAUGCUGCACAAACGUACGAGCAGUGGAACAAUCCCCCUGUGGUGAAAUGGUCCAGUGUCAACAGCCCUCUGUUCUUGCCACUCAUCCCACCAAGAGCACCAGGGUUCACAGCAGUGGUGCUGACCUACGAUCGUGUUGAGAGUCUGUUCCGGGUCAUCACUGAAAUCUCCAAAGUGCCUAGCUUGGCUAAGCUGCUGGUGGUGUGGAAUAACCAGAACAAAAGUCCUCCUGAGGAGUCUCUUUGGCCAAAGAUCGGUGUUCCUCUCAAAGUCGUGCGAACUAAAGAAAACAAGCUGAGUAACCGCUUCUUCCCCUACGACGAGAUCGAGACAGAAGCCGUGCUAGCCAUCGAUGACGACAUCAUCAUGCUGACAUCUGAUGAACUGCAGUUUGGCUACGAGGUAUGGAGGGAGUUCCCAGACAGGCUGGUGGGCUACCCUGGCCGGCUGCACCUCUGGGACCAUGAAAUGGGGAAGUGGAAGUACGAGUCGGAGUGGACCAACGAGGUCUCCAUGGUCCUAACUGGAGCCGCCUUCUACCACAAGUACUUCAACUAUCUGUAUACAUAUAAGAUGCCUGGAGACAUCAAGAACUGGGUGGACGCUCACAUGAACUGUGAAGAUAUUGCCAUGAACUUCCUGGUGGCGAACAUCACAGGCAAAGCCCCCAUAAAGGUGACCCCCAGGAAGAAGUUCAAGUGCCCUGAGUGUACUGCCAUUGACGGACUGUCCCUGGAUCAGACACACAUGGUGGAGAGAUCUGAGUGCAUCAACAAGUUUGCAUCAGUUUUUGGUACGAUGCCUCUGAAGGUGGUGGAACACCGUGCAGACCCAGUGCUUUAUAAGGAUGACUUCCCAGAGAAGCUCAAGAGCUUUCCCAACAUCGGCAGCCUCUGACCAGCCUGUGACAGAUGUUUGGACCCAGUCACAGCCUCAAAACUUCAACAUUUGUCACCGACAUCGUCUUUUUUCAGGACAUCAGUAUUCAGACAUAAAGUGGUACACGCUCCUGACACCUCUCAGUUCAAAUGACUGUCACUUUGAUUUUUAGAUUGAAUUGAACAGGCAGUAUUGUACGGGACGUUAAGUUAAUAUCUUGACUGACAGGAGACACUGGAUUCUGGGGAUGGUGAUGAGAGUGACGUGCUUAUUUGGCUUAAAGUGAAAGAUAUUAUCUAACAUUUACCAAUACAAACGCACAGACCGCUGUUACAUGAACUGCUAUUGGAGGGUCCCCCCUGAGGCUGAUGUCUGAUGGACAGGCUGACUUACUGGAGACUUGUGGUCCUUCACUGUUACUGUCUUGGAACUGGAAACUUGAGGCUCCAGCUGCUCUGGAAUCAGCGUAUACAGUGUAUAUAUUUGUAUUUUUGCAGCAGUGCUGUAUAGUAGUCAUAAUUUAUGAUGUUCCAAGUAGGAUUUCUUUUUUCUUCUUCUUUCAAAAGCAGACAUGGACCUGAUUCUUUUAGCCGUACUGUAUUAAAAGAAAAAGUAAUAAAUGUCUAACUUACAUGAUAUAUAUUCAGGAAAUAUAGGCUACGUAGGCUUUAUCUAAUGGUUAAUUGAAUGUGAUAACACACAGCACGGUGGCUAACAGAUGAUGUACAGUCGAUGUUUCACAUGCGUUCUGUUUUAAUCAGAUUGGACAAAGCUGGUACCAUAAAUCUAAUAUUUAGAGUGAGUAACUGCUGAUUUUAAAAGACAUGCUGAGCUGCUGGAACAUCUUGAAUUGUAAUUUUAUACUGCCUGUGCAAACCUUUUGUUAUAUAUAUAUAUAUAUAUAUAUAUAUAUAUAUAAAUAUAUA